AUGAAGGGCACCAACACCUUCCUGCUGGCGGCCCUCGCCCUGCUCUGCUUCUGCGGGCUGGCCAAGGGGCAAGACAAUAAUGAGUUUUUCAUGGAUUUCCUGCAAACACUGCUGGUGGGGACAGUAGAGGAGCUCUACGAGGGGCCCCUGGGCCAGUACAAUGUCAAUGCUGAUGCCAAGUCUGCGAUGAAUGAGCUCAAAAUGUGCAUCGACGGCCUGCAGCCCGUGCACAAGGCAGAGCUGGUCAAACUGCUGGUGCAAGUCCUGGGCAGUCAAGAUGGUGCCUAA